AUGGACAACCUGAAGAAAGCAAGUGUGUUGCUCACAUUGUACCUGAACGUGAACUCACUUUGCUUGGUUUCAGCAGGAAAGAUAUCAGGAGAUGAGGUCAUCAACCUUGGCCAUAAAUCAACAGCCUGGGAGCCUUUAAUGCACAUCAGUGCAAAUCUCUCAUCCAUUUCCAGCAUCGCUUCCUACUUUGAGUUUCGCACCCUUGAUCCGGAGGGCAUCGUCUUCUACGGAGACACCAAAGAAGGCCAGGACUGGUUUGUUCUUACUCUGCGUGAUGGCAUCCCUGAAGUGCAGAUUGGGAAAGCAAAUAUCCUGGUCAGUGUGAAAGCAGGACCCAAACUGAAUGAUGGAGCUUGGCACAAGUUGGAGUUGCGCAGCGAGCAGAAGUACGUGAUUGUGGAAAUCAACAAUAAGGUGGAGCUGCUGGUGGGAAUGGAGUCGGAUCAGACAGAUGACCUACUGACGGGGAAAAUACGUCUGGCUCUUGGAGGGAUGCUGGUGGAUCAGAAGAGGCUCCUGCAUCCUUUUAAUCCUGAGAUGGAUGGAUGUAUACGAGCGGGAAAUUGGCUGAACCUGAGCACUCCCUGGGACACAGAGCCGAGCUGGAAACCUUCGACUUGCUUUCCAGAGAUAAAGAAAGGCAGCUACUUUCCUGGAAGUGGAUUAAUUCUGUUUAAUACAUCAGAUCUUCCUGGAGUGGAGACAGAAGAGCGAGGAGUCACGAUUGAGGUGUACGGAUCUUGGCGUGGGACACUGCUGAGUCUCCAGAGCCUUGAUUUCCAGUACAUUCUACCUGGGGUUAAGGGGAAGGAGAGCAGGGGUUUCACUGUGGAGCUGGAGGAAGAAUCCGGUUCGAGCAACACUGCUGACUCCUCCAAGCUGACUCUGACCUUACUGAAACAUUCGCUGGUGUUAAAUGGAGAAACAGAGCUGGAGAAUGAAAGCAUUGACUUCCUCUCGAGGUGGACGGAGGGGAUGAGCUUAGCAUUUGGCGGAGUGCCAGGUGAGAGUGAGGACUCAAAGACUGUGCACCACCUGCAGGGCUGUUUGGAAAAGAUUCUCAUUCAGGGACAAGACAUCGAUCUCGAUCGCGGGCUCUCUUCAAGCACAGGUCUAUCUCGUCACACAGUUGUCCCAUAG